AAGUUUGUCCUUUCCCUGAGUUCGACCCACUGUAUUGGUUUUGAGGAGAUGGGCGUGAAGAUGCACAGCACGCAGUGUCUGAGAGCGGCGGUGUUGCUUUGCUUGCUCGGGGUCACUAUAGAGUCUCGGCUCAACUGUGAUGAGGUGAAGAAAGUUUUCCAACUUCGUCAAAUCGGACCAUCCAUGUGGCUGCCGGAGAUUCCCAGAUCUGGGUCUUGUGUUCAGGUGUGCACAUCGAAGAACACAACAUGCUGCACAAGAAAAAUGGAAGAACAAUACCAGUCAGCAGCUCAUCAAGAUAUUCAAAAAUUGGUUCAAAUGUCCAGCUCAGCAUUGAAAAUUUUAAUUUCACAGAACGCAGCUGCUUUUCAAGAGGCAUUCCAGAAUAUAAUUUGCCAAGCUGAGAACAACAUAAAGAUGCUGAUAAGAACUACAUACCGAAGCAUGGCCUUUCAGACAACUGCACCAAUUCAAGAACUCUUUGCCAAUGUUGCACUCUUCAUUUUUGGCUCGGAGAUAAAUGUUGAUGAAUUUGUUAGCAGAUUUUUUGACAGUCUCUUUCCAUUGGUCUAUAAACAUCUAAUCAAUCCUAGCCUCACAGACAUCUCUCUGGACUUCACAAUGUGCAUACAAAAGUCAAGGAAAAACCUAAACCCAUUUGGCUAUCUUCCAAAGUUAAUAACAAGUCAAAUGUCAAAAUCUCUAAUGGCUGGGCACAUGUUCCUGCAGGUCCUGAAUUUAGGAAUUGAAAUAAUUAACACAACGGAUCACUUACAGUAUACCAAAGAGUGUAGCAGAGCUUUGCUGAAGAUGCAAUACUGUUCUCAUUGCCAAGGCUGGACUAAUCAUAAACCAUGCACGGGAUAUUGCCUGAAUGUGAUUAGAGGAUGCCUUGCUAAUAUGGCAGAAAUUGAUUCACAUUGGAGGGAAUACAUCAGAUCACUUGAGGAAAUGUCAACUGGAAUACUGGCAACCUAUGAUAUAGAACAAGUUUUGCUGAAUCUCCAUUCAUUACUGAAUGAUGCAAUUAUGAAUGCACAAAUUAAUGGUCCAGUAUUGUCAGCAAUGGUAACAAGAGUUUGUGGACAUACCGUUAGAAAACCUUUGCAGUCUUUAGAUUACCAACCAGAUCUUAACAAUGAUAAACAUGAGCUGAAAAUCAUUUGCAAAGAAAAUGAGGAACCAUUAUCCAGCAGGCGAAAGGAAUUUAUCAGUAGUCUGCGGUUAUAUAGGACUUUGUAUGGUGGACUGGCUGAUCAGCUGUGUGUCAAUGAUUUAGCAGCUUCUGAUGGAUUAAAAUGUUGGAAUGGAGAAGAUGUCGUAAAGAGUUACACACGACAAGUAGUUGGCAAUGGUAUCAAAGCCCAGUCAAAUAACCCCGAAGUAAAUGUUAAAGGAACUGAUCCAGUCAUAAAUCAGAUCAUUGAUAAACUGAAGCACAUCAAUCAGCUGCUACAAGGAAAAGUGAUCCCUGUGUAUGAGAAGUGGCGACUGACAGAAAAGGGCAGCGGACAAAUGGAUAGUGAUGAUGUCCAGAUCAGCGGAGACUGUGAUGAUGAGGACGGCUGCAUUGGCUCAGGAAACGCAGCAGUAAAAACAGCUUUCAAGCACUCUGAAUUGUUCUUCAACUUUGUUGGGGAGAGAAGAAUCGCGCCUAUAUUAAAAGGGCUGGCUGACAAGAAAAAUAGACAUGGCAUCACUCUGGAUGAUGCCGAUACAACCUCUUGGACAAACAAACCUGGAGCAGGAGCCAUGCUGUCACGUGGAAAUUUGCACGUUGCUCUGAUCGCUUUAGCCAUUUUAAUCCUUUUUUGGUAACUUAAUUGCACUUCAAUUCUGCCGUAUACCUUAUAGCUCACUUCUAGCUCAAUUCUAGAACCAUAGUAACACAAAAUAAUGUAACAGUUUAUACAGUCACAGAGUCAUACAGUGUGAAAACAGGCCCUUUGGCCCAACUUGCCUACACUGGCCAACGUGUCCAAGCUGCCUGUAUUUGUCCCAUAACCCUCCAAUCCCUGUCCUAUUCAUGUACGUGUCCAACUGUUUCUUAAAUGGUGGGAUAAUGCCUGCCUCAACUACCUCCACUGGCAGCUCAUUCAAUUCUGUUCUUCCACCACCCUUUGUGUAAAGAAGUUACCUCUCAGAUUCUUAUUAAAUCUUUUCCCCUUCACCUUAAACUUAUGUCCUUUGGUCCUAGAUUUCUCUACUCUGGGCAUCUACCUGAUCUUUCCUCUCAUCAUUUUAUACACCACUAUAAGAUCACCCCUCAUCCUCCUGAGUCCCGAGGAAUACAAUCCCAGCCUACUCAACUUCUCCCUAUAGCUCAGACCCUCCAGUCCUGACAACAUCCUCAUAAAUCUUCUCUGUACCCUUUCCAGCUUGACAACAUAUUUCCUAUAACUGGCGCCCAGAACUGAACACAAUACUCUAAAUGCAGCCUCAUCAACAUCUUAUACAACUGCAACAUGAUCUUCCAACUUCUAUUCUCAAUACUCUGACAGAUGAACGCCAAUGUGCCAAAAGCCUUCCACCAUCAAGGAACCAUGCACCUGCACUCCUAGAUCACUCUGCUCUAAAACACUCCAGCACUAGAGUCCCACCAUUUAGUGCCAAUGAUGGACACUCACUUUUGAAAUAUUAUUUUCUUUGAUUAUUUAGUUAUUCAGAAUGUGAUGCAAAGAAGAUAUGGUAGAACUAUGUAAUUUUAUUACAGUGCUUUAAAAUAUUGAUUGUUACAAAGCUUCUUUUCAUAAUUAUUGCUGUAGUGGAUUAAAAAUGUGGGACCCAUUCCUGCUUAAAAUAAAUGAAAUUUAAUGCGUAUGAUUUCACAUCACUAUCUUCUUCACCCAAGUGCAACUGCCUGGAUCAAUUAAAUUGAAAUUUAGCUUUAGUUCCUAAACUCAUUUUAGAAUUUGUCUGCAGCAUUACCUCUGUUCGCUCUUAUUGACAUUCCAUGGAUUUUUCAUCUCCUUUUAGAACAUUAAAAAAAACCGUAGUAUAUAGAAACUGGCCCUUCGGCCCACAAUGUCUCUUCUGACUAACAUGUCAUAUUUCUGCUCACAAAUUGCUUUUCUCCUUUGAUUGGUCUUCUUUUGUAA